GUACUGCUUAACUGAGAGAUGAAUUGAAUAGUGGAUGGAGGAGUGCUCGUGCAAGAUUGUUCUCGUUGGUGAUAGUCGAUGUGGAAAGACCUCCCUUAUACACAGAUUCGUCAGCGACAGCUACACGCAGGUGUAUACGCCAACAGGGUUUGAAAGAUAUACUGCAACCUAUUGCGUUGGAGGUUACAGAAUACAUUUCACAUUGUGGGACACAUCAGGAACAUCGGCUUACGAUACUGUUCGUCCUCUUUCUUACAAAGACGCAAGUGUUUUCCUACUCUGCUUCACAAUUGGCAGCCCGGACUCUCUGGACAAUACCGUAAAUAAGUGGUUUCCGGAAAUCCGCCAGCAUAGUCAGAACAUCCCCAUCAUCCUUUGCGGUUGCCAAAGUGACCUUCGCAACGACGCGGAAACCAUGUGCGCCUUGGCCAAGCUGAAAAAAGUGCCUGUCACAGCAGAACAGGCCCUCGGCGUUUCCCGACAGAUCCACGCGACUACUUACGUGGAGACCUCCUCACGUUUGUGCCCACGCAGCGCUUGCGAAGCCUUCGAGAUCUCUGCGCUUGCUGCCCUUGGCAAACUCAACAAGAAUCACAUCCUGCGCACUCCCCUCUCUACCAUGGGAUCGAGAGGGAAGUAUAAGAACAAGGAUGUUCUCAAAGAGGACUUGAGAGACAGAACGCGAAACUGUAUCCUCAUGUGAGCAAUCUCUUCUUAACGUCAUCUUUUGCAAAUCUCGAGAGGACCAUUAAAUGCUUAGUUGUUUGAUU